CCUCUCAACUCCACGCACUCUCUGUCUUCCCCAAAAUCCCUGCGCUCUCUCUCUAAAAAUCAUUAAAACCCAAAAAAUUCUCGCCAAAAUCAACUCCAACCCUGUCUACUCACCAAAACCCAUGUCCCCAAUUCAUCUCUCAUCCUAAAAUUCCCUUCUUUCUCUUUAAUCUUCAAUGGCUUCUCAUCUCUCACCUCCAAAACCCCACAAAAUUCUCCUCAACAUCUCAUUCCUCUUAUUGAUCUUUCUCCUCUUCACCUUCAAUCUCUCCUCCCCCCAAACCCUCUUCAAUUCUCAUUCAAUCAACCCCCAGAACUGCGAAGAAUUCGAUAGUCUCAAAGACCACAAAACAAAAUGCUUCUAUAUCAAGGCCAAUAACCCAUGCUCUCCUCAGGGCUAUAUCGAUUACCUCCACCUCUUCUACUGUGUUUUUGGUGAACACCCGUUUAUUGGCUACUCAAUUCUAGCCCUUUGGCUGCUAGUCCUCUUCUAUUUGCUUGGAAACACUGCCUCUGUUUAUUUUUGCUCCUCUCUCGAAAGCAUAUCGAAGCUAUUGAGGUUGCCGCCGACAGUUGCAGGGGUUACUCUUCUCUCUUUAGGCAAUGGAGCACCCGAUGCAUUUUCGACAAUUGCGUCGUUUGCGAGCUCUGAAGUCGGGGAGGUCGGGCUCAGCAGUGUCCUUGGCGGAGCUUUCUUUGUGACUAGUGUUGUUGUUGGUGUUAUUAGCGUCUGUGUUGGAGAUCGAUUGAUUUCUGUCGAUCGAUUCAGCUUCGUUCGAGAUAUUUGCUUCUAUGUGAUUGUUCUUUGCUUUCUACUUGGUAUUCUGAUUGUUGGAGAAAUUGGGGUUGGAGGAGCAAUUGUAUUUGCUUCUCUUUAUAUUGUUUAUGUUGUGAUUGUUGCAAUUUCUUAUUGUUGGAGGAAGAAUCAAAGAGAAUUCGAUGUGCCUUUGUUAGAGAGCAUUGAAAUAGAAAAUGACCUCUUUGUGCCAAAGCUAGAGGUCCAAGAAGAAGAAUUCAAGAAGCCAAAUUGGUGCAUUUUCUUGAUGUAUUUGCUAGAAUUGCCUCUAUAUCUCCCUCGACGCUUAACAAUCCCUGAUGUAUCCGAAGAGAGGUGGUCGAAGCCAUUUGCGAUUUCUUCAGUGAUCUUGUCGCCAAUUCUUCUGGCGACGCUGUGGAAUUCAAAGCGAAAUGUGUUAGCCUCCGAAGAAAGCUUGACGAUCUACCUCUUCAGUGCGCUUAUAGGACUAGUUCUUGGUGUUAUUGCAUUAGAGACAACGGAGACCUCGAAACCACCUAACAAGUAUUUGUUCACUUGGCUCGCUGGCGGGUUCUUGAUGAGCAUCAUUUGGUUUUAUAUAUUGGCAGAGGAACUGGUUUCCUUGCUCAUCUCAAUAGGUCACAUUUUUAACAUCGGGCCUUCGAUUUUAGCAGUGACAGUGUUGGCGUGGGGGAAUUCAUUAGGAGAUUUGAUAGCGAAUGUGGCAAUGGCUUUGAAAGGGGGUGAAGAUGGAGUCCAGAUUGCAAUCUCUGGGUGUUACUCUGUCCCAAUCUUUAACACGUUGGUAGGUUUAGGUUUUUCCCUUGUGUUUAGGUCUUGGGGUACGUAUCCGUCUCCUUAUGUUGUUCCUCAAGACUCUACAAUCCUGGUGACGCUAGGGUUUUUGGUGUGUGGGUUGUUGUGGGCAUUGCUGAUAUUGCCAAAGCGAGGGAUGAAGCUUGAUAGGGUGUUUGGGAUUGGAUUGCUGGCUUUGUAUUUGUGUUUUCUUUGCUUGAGGAUUUGUGAUAGUAUUGGGUUUGUGAAUAUUGAUAAAUUGUACUUAUAGCAGGAUAUCAUGUUUAUGGGUAAUGUAGUACUUCGGUUUGUAAAUGUUGGUGCUUAUGAAAUGAAUGUAGUUUUUUAUCCAUUUA